AUGGCUCGCUGCUCUGGCUGCUCCCAACGCUUUGACCUCCUUGUUGAGGGUACUCGCUGUGGUCGUUGCACCAAGCGCGCUCCACGGCCUAACGUUGAGGAGUGGGGGAUGUGCAACAAAUGCGGGGAGGUCUUUGAGUUCAUGGACCAAAAUGUAUGUUUUGAUUGCUCGAAGUAUACCGCAGGUAAUGGGGUACAACAGGCGAGUCGCGAAGCUAUUGCGAAUCCGGUCAACGUCAGAACACAUACAAAUUCUGGCGGUGGAACUAGUGCCCAAUUCCAGGGCGCUGGAAACCAGCAGCUGCAAGAAGAAGCUCUCAGAAUCAUGUCCAGCAUGAGUCAUUCAUUUCAAGGUCGUAUCGCUCCAUCAAAGCUCAAGUUAAAGACAGCUGCCGAACUUGGUAUACCCAGGCCUGUAAAAAGGCUGAACCUUAAGAUUGUGAAGCUCUUCGAUUUCAGACAGGGGAAGUAUCUUCCCGGUGCUCCUUUCCAUGCCGAUAAUACAGAGUACCCGGACGACACACCUAUGGCGACUGUUCUUGAAGAUAUCCGAACAAAGGUGGAUAAUGCGUACAAGAAGGACCGAGAUUAUCGGGUCUAUGAUAUAAACGAGUUCACAAUGCUAUGGGCUUCUGCAAGGGUCGCAGUAGACCCAUCCCUCUGCACAGGGACGCUUCGUGACCUAUGGCGUGCCUGCUCUGCAAACUCGCUCCUUGUCUCACCUGCCGACGUUAAAAAGAGCCUCAUCGAAUGGGCUGUUGCUGUGAACUAUGAUGAGGCUCGCAAUGAUACUGACGAUGAUGACACUGUUCCCAAGUUCAAGGGUAAAACAAAGGCGAGUCUAUUCCGAAUUUCAUACACCAAUCCCAACAGAUCCUUAGAUGUCGGCGCCGCCGCACUUCAAGCUAACACGUCCAAGGGCGCUUCAGCCAAACGAAUGCGGACAAUCAUACCUUCCGGAAGGAACGCCUAUGUCACGAGGCUGGGUGUUGCUCAGUCUACGGGCAUUGUACACAUCGUUUUGAAAGGAUACUGGACCUGGGUUGAAGACAGUGCUGUCUGGGUAGAGGAACAGGAACCCUUCAAAGUCGUGGUUGAUAAGGAGUCCUUCGCCUCGGGAGUGACGAAGAAGGCCGUCAAGAUGUACAUUGACAAGAAAAAGUACGCUGCAAAGUACUUUUAUGACAUCGACGGCAGUGGUGCUGUCUCGCAUAAGGAUAACCUUGUGCAUCUGAAAGAUGAACUUCUCCGUGGCCACAUCCUUGAGGUGGCAGCAGAGAAAUUUGUGAAGUCCGCGCGCCAUGCAAAGAUAUCGACGUAUGAUAUCCGGGGCCCGGCCGAGAGCUUCAUUCUCACUGUUGUCGAAGGGCCCUCGAAAGGACGUGCUUGGCUCGUUGACCCACUCUUUGAGAACGCUGUUAUGCGCAAGUUCUCAGGCACAGACCUGGCAGGUGCUAACAGCGAUUUGGCUGGGAGGACCUGUGACGCCUUUGCCCAUUUCUCCCUUGAUGACUCUGACGGUUCAGUCGUCUUUGUCGAUAUCCAAGGCAUUGACUCUUCAACGCUUCCCAUUACCUCGGGGAUACCACUUAAUGUCGCGCAUUCUGUCACACUUUUCGAUGUGAUGAUCCAUAGCUCGGACGGAGUAUAUGGUCUGGGAGAUCAAGGAUGGACUGGUAUUAGGGAUUUCGUUACCCAGCACAAGUGUAACACAAUCUGCGCAAAGCUCGGGCUACGCGAUGUUCGAGAACUAUGGGAUGAGUAUCACGCUGACGAGCACCCUGCCCUCGAACACAAGACAUAA